AUGUCCUUUUCCAUUUUCAUCCCCUGUUUUGCCAUCUCCCUCCUCUUGCUCCUCUUGCUCCUCCUUCCCCACUCUCACUCAUUUUAUCUCCCUGACUCCAAUCCUCUCUUUUCUUUCAACGAUCAAGUCAGGAAGAGGCAUCUUUACACAGAGAGCAAAAGACAAGGGCUUUUUCUGGAGAUGGACAAGGAUGGCACAGUGAAAGGAAGUCCCAUUCAAACUGCAAACAGUGCGCUGGAGCUGAGAUCAGUGAGAGCUGGUGAGACAGUCAUCAGAGGAGUAUCAUCGUCCCUUUACUUGUGUAUGGACAGAGCUGGACAUCUGAGGGGACAGGGACUGUACACGGAGGCAGACUGCACCUUCAGAGAGCUGUUGCUGGAAAAUGGAUAUACUCUUUUCCUGUCUCGGCAGAAUGGGCUGCCACUGUCUCUCACAUCAAGACAGUCUCAGGACAAACGUGUCCCUCCAUUCUCCCAGUUUCUCCCCUUAAGACAGUUGGCUGGGAGUGAGAUACAAGAGAGACAGAAUGAAAAUUUGCAAACAAAUCAACAACACCUGAACCUUGAAUCUGAGGACCCAUUUGGAAUGCAUCUCCAGGACUCAGUGCACAGUCCAGGAUCACAAUAG